UCUCCAAUCCAGGAUCCUCUGCUGAGAUCUUCUAUAUAAGAGAAUUCUCCUGGAUUACCCAUCAACCAUGGAGAGAGACAGGAACAAGAUGGCUGACAGGAUCAUAAACCUCACCCUAAAGAUACUCUUCCGGCUUACUGGAGAGGAUUACACAGUAGUGAAGAAGUCCUCUAGUGGUCGCUGUCUGGCCCCUGUGUGUGAAGGAUGGGGAAGAACCCUGAGCCCAAUCCUGGGGCCCCCACCUCACUCCCUGAUACAUGAGGAAAUGGAUGAACAGAAGAUCCGAGAACUCAUCAACAAGAUGAUGGAGCUGCUGACUGGAGAGGUUCCUAUAAGGUGUCAGGACGUGGCAGUCUAUUUCUCCAUGGAGGAGUGGGAGUAUGUAAAAGGACACAAGGAUCAGUACAAGGAUCAAGUCAUGAUGGAGGAUCAGCAGCCCCUCACAUCACCAGGUAAUAGACAUGAUCAGGUAAUAGACAUGAUCAGUAUAAGGAGGACAUUCCUACAGAGAAAUAUCUGAUCUAUAUAAAUACUACAGACAUAAAGGAAGAAAAAGAAGAGACAGAUGUGAGCGGUAAUGAGCAGUAUAAGGAGGACAUUCCUACAGAGAAAGAACUGCUCUAUAUUAAUGCUACAGACAUAAAGGAAGAAGAAGAGACAGAUGUGAGCGGUGAUGA